AAAACGAAACGACCGUCUGUAUAAAACGCGGCAGGCGGAGGAGGACAAGAGCAGAGGUAGAGGAGCUUGUGCAUAUCUGAACAACACGAGAAAAGAAGAAAACUUUCUUUGAUUUUUCGGAGGAAAAGCUUGGGGAGUUUUGUGCGCUCUCGGCGCGCGGCUGCUUUGGUUCCAGCACCUCGGACAGCGUCCUUUUCCGGUUCCCACCCCCACGACAAUAUGAAGAAAGCUAGGAGAUCAGUGAGCACCUCACAGUUGUUCUUUAUGGCUGUGUGUAGCGUGUUGUGCUGCAGGACACUUUCAGCUCUCCCGGCCAUCAGCUCAUACUCUGCCAUCAGGUCAGGCAGUCUGAACAGUGACGGGGAUGGUGGGUGGCCAAACGAGCCCUCUCAGGAUCUGGAAGUGUAUAAACUUCUGUAUGAAAUUGCAAACACAGUGGAAAGACCACCAAGACACGCUGAUGGACUUUUCACCAGCGGAUACAGCAAACUCCUCGGACAACUUUCAGCCAAAGAAUACCUUGAAUCCUUACUUGCCAAGCGUGUCAGUGAUGAGCUGAGCGCAGAUGACCUACGCAUGAAGCGUCACUCGGAUGCGGUGUUUACAGACAACUACAGCCGAUAUCGCAAGCAGAUGGCAGCCAAGAAGUACCUGAACUCAGUCUUAGCAGGAAAGAGAAGGUAAGAAGCCCAGAAGAUGCCUUAACGCUGUCUAACCAGUCCAAAAGCACUGACUCUUCCUUACCUCAGAGCUACGAGGACGAGGUCGAUCAGCUCCUCCAGCAGCUUCCGCUAGCAUGACUACUUUCCUCUGGUUCUUAACUUAAAACUGUGCGCAAGAAGGUCUGACUCACAAAUAAUCCACUAACACUGGUGUUUGCUUAAUUAACACUGCUUUUGCUUCAUUUUCAUCGCUCUCUUACGUUACUGUAGAGGAACUGUUCCACUAUUCCUCUGUAAAUCUGAAGAAAUAGCUUUAAGAGCUUUAAUAUAUCCCAGUGCUCAAACAUCACACAUGGUUCUGGGGUUCAGUAUUUUCAGCAUUUGUGUACCACAUCAUCAGUAAACUGAAACACAAUCUCUAUUGCUGCUUUCUUUCUUUCUUUUUUCCCCAGAACAUCUAGAUGAUGAUGACGAUAUUUAAUCUGGCACCUGUAAUAUUGGACCUAUUAUCUGGUUACUGUAGAACAAACAUAACAAAUUGUAUCAAGAUUUUGUAGGCAAAGUUGAUUAUCAUUGUUGUUGAUCUGUUUAUCAAAGAGCUAUUUUUUUUUAUUUUUAAGAUCGCUGCUGGUGUCUGAAAUUGUAAUGUAUCAAAACAGAAGAAUAAAAAUGUGUAAAGAAGAAGAA